AUGGCUCCACAGAAUCCAAUAGAAAGGGCGCAAACAGCGUCCAAACAUUUACAACUACCCGGAUCUACCUCGGAUAAUGAAGACAAUAUCAGUGUUUCAUCAGCCACACCUCUCACAGAUAAUUCAGGAUUAACUCCAGAAGUGUUAACGGAACUUCACGAUCCCAAAUCGCUUCGCAAAUUGCAUGAACUUGGUGGGAUCAAACUGUUACUGUAUGGUCUUGAGACUAAUUUGCUGAGUGGAAUCGAUACCCAUAGAGAUCUUAAACAUAGAGAAGAAUUGUUCGGAGAAAAUAGAAUACCGGUGAAAGCCCAGAAAAACUUCUUUCGUCUAUGUUACGAUGCCAUGAAAGACAAGGUGUUGAUCAUGUUGACUGUGGCUGCGGUUAUAUCCUUAGCAUUGGGCUUAUAUGAGACCUUUGGUGAAGGUCCUUUGAGGGACGAUGAGGGCAAAGUUUUGCCCAAGGUGGACUGGGUGGAAGGCGUGGCCAUUAUUACUGCCGUUGUAAUUGUGGUGGUGGUUGGUGCAGCCAAUGAUUAUCAAAAAGAACGACAGUUUGCUCGUUUGAAUGCCAAGAAAGAAGACCGCGAGUUGAUCGUGGUAAGAGACGGAGCCCAGAAAAUGAUCUCCAUUUACGACCUUUUGGUCGGUGAUAUCAUCAACUUGCAAACAGGUGAUGUUGUUCCUGCUGAUGCCAUCUUGAUACUGGGAGACGUUGAAUGUGACGAAUCUGCUCUCACUGGUGAAUCUCAUACCAUUAAGAAGAAACCCGCUGGCGAGGCUAUGGAUUUCUAUGAGGCACAGCUUCCAACAGAUGAAGAUUUGGGCUCGUCUACCAUCAAGUUCAAGGACCCUUAUCUUAUUUCUGGUGCAAAGGUGCUCGAAGGUUUGGGAUAUGGAAUGGUCACUGCAGUUGGCCCCAAUUCCAUUCAUGGAAGAACAAUGAUGAGUCUUCACACCGACGCAGAAACAACCCCCAUGCAAGUUAGACUCGACAACCUUGCCGAGGGAAUCUCCAAGUACGGUUUUUUGGCCGCAUUGGUCCUUUUCAUCGUUUUGUUCAUCCGCUAUUGUGUCAAUAUUGCUCCAGGAGGAAAAUUCAACGAUAUUCCUGGUCCGCAAAAGGGAAAGAAGUUCUUGGACAUUUUGAUUACUGCUAUAACAAUUAUUGUCGUUGCGGUUCCCGAAGGUUUGCCAUUGGCAGUGACUUUAGCGUUGGCUUUCGCCACUACUAGAAUGGCUCAGAACGGUAAUUUGGUCCGUGUGUUGAAGUCAUGUGAGACCAUGGGUGGUGCUACCGCUGUGUGCUCUGACAAAACCGGAACUUUGACUGAAAAUCGUAUGAGAGUCGUGAGAGCAUAUUUUGGACUGUCCGAGUUUGACGAUACUUCUGGUGGCCAUGGUCCAUUGUCUUCAGAAGUGGUGAAUGAACUUUCAGAAGAACUUAAGGUCUUUCUUUGUACCAACAUCACUUUAAAUUCCACUGCAUUUGAGAACACCGACUACGACGAGAAGAAAGCUCUUAUGGCAAGACAAAAACCACAGAGAAAGUCAUUUAUCCGCCAAUUGAUGCAAAACCCCGGAAAGAAACAACAAGAACGACAGGUUGAGCUUGGAGUGGUAACCGAACCUUAUUUGGGAAACAAGACGGAAUCUGCCUUGUUGAUCCUUGCUAACAAAGUUUUCAAUCAGUUUGCAACAGACAACUUGGAGACCCAGCGGAGCGCCAACCACGACAAGAUAGUACAGAUCAUCCAGUUUGAAAGUUCGAGAAAAUGGGCUGGAAUAGUAAUGAAGAUAGACAAUGGGUUCCGUCUUUACGCUAAGGGAGCGGCUGAAAUUGUUUUCAAGAAUUGUGGGUACCUAACCAAUGUCGAUGGUACUACGGUGUCCAUGGAUCGGUCACAGAGAGACGACGCUUUCAGCAAGAUUGAUGAGUAUGCCAAUGAUGCUUUGAGAGCCAUUGCACUUGCUCACCGCGACUUCAUUGGAAUUUCCAACUGGCCUCCACCAGAACUUUUAGAGGAAAACUCCAAACAAGCCGACCCUAAGAAACUUCUUGCUGUAGGAUCCACUAUUCCAGAAGACCAAAGACACUUGGUUUUGGAUGGAAUUGCAGGUAUUCAAGAUCCGUUGAAAGACGGUGUGGCACAAGCAGUUCUUCAGUGUAAGGAAGCUGGUGUCACUGUUAGAAUGGUUACCGGAGACAACUUGAAUACUGCAAAAUCCAUCUCCAGAGCAUGCCAUAUUCUUACUCCUGAUGAUCUUUCGAAUGACUACGCAUACAUGGAAGGACCAACCUUCCGCAAGUUGACGGAUGCGGAAAGAACGCGGAUUGCGCCUCGUUUGAAAGUAUUGGCGAGAUCUUCUCCAGAAGAUAAACGGGUUCUUGUGGAAACAUUGAAGAAAGCAGGAGAGGUUGUUGCUGUCACGGGUGACGGUACAAACGAUGCUCCUGCCUUAAAGUUGGCAGACGUGGGAUUUUCUAUGGGAAUUGCUGGUACUGAAGUGGCCAGAGAAGCCUCUGAUAUUAUCUUGAUGACAGACGAUUUCACCGAUAUUGUCCAGGCCAUCAAAUGGGGAAGAACUGUUUCGACUUCGAUCAAGAAAUUCAUCCAGUUUCAGUUGACCGUCAAUAUUACUGCCUGUAUCUUGACGUUUGUGUCCGCUGUGGCAUCUUCCAAUGGCCAGUCGGUGUUGACUGCUGUGCAGUUGUUGUGGGUGAAUCUUAUCAUGGACACUUUAGCGGCGUUGGCGUUGGCGACCGAUAAGCCAGACGACUCGUUUUUGAAGAAAAAGCCUGCUGGUCGUACUGCUCCUUUGAUUUCGGUUUCGAUGUGGAAGAUGAUACUUGGACAGUCAGUCACUCAGUUGGUUAUCACGUUCAUUCUUCAUUUCUGUGGCAGAAGAUUUUUCCAUGGCAAUAAUCACAUCGACAACCAUCAGAACAAGCAAUUGGACGCCAUGACUUUUAACACAUUUGUGUGGUUGCAGUUCUGGAAAUUGGUCGUCACGAGAAAGUUGGACGAAGCAGAUGGCAUUCGAAAGGUUCGGGACAGACUCACGGCCAACAACUUGAACUUUUUUCAACACUUGUUCCGCAAUUGGUACUUUUUGGGAAUUGCUCUUCUCAUCGGCGCAAUGCAAGUAUUGAUUAUGUUCGUCGGUGGUGCUGCAUUCAGCGUUGUUAGACAGACCCCUGGUCAAUGGGCUACUGCAAUCAUCUGUGGAUUUAUAUCGAUUCCCGUCGGAUUGGUCAUAAGAAUAAUCCCUGAUCACUGGGUGGUGGCCAUUUUCCCAACCAGAGCCUUCAAGAUCUUUAUUUAUUACGCUGGGUUUCUGUUUUUGAAACGUAAGAAGAAGGAGGAUCUUGAGAAAGCUGAACACGAUGACCUUAAUGACACUAAGAUGUCGGACUUGUCCGCACAAUCAUGA